UAAAAACAUCCACUACCACCACCACCACCACCACCAUCGUCCACACCGCCAGCAGUGUACAUGUGUGCCCACCAACAACUGGCAUACAAUCACCGUCAACGAGCCAACCAGCUAACAACCAACACUUACCACCAACACCAAUACAACUCUCAGCCGAGUUUAAAACAGUCUAAACAGUCUGAACAGACUGGCAACUGAGUAUGCGAUUGGGCUCUGGCUCUGGUCGUAAGCAGCCAACGAACGAAGAUUCAGUCAGGUGCCAAGCACCGUGCAACACGGACGUGUGCUCAAGUGGAUUUCAGUAGAGUAACAAAUAAAUGCCGAUUCGCGAAUGAUUAGUAAAAAAAAAAAACAAGAAAUAAAGUGCCUUCCAUGCAAUUGUUUUGAAAAUUAUGCAUUCGCAAUUAACACAUUGGCGACAAUUUUCUGAAAAAUAUUCUGUGUUGAAAUUGUAUAUAAAUCAAGGACUUUUGAAAAGCACAUAAUUCGCGCAUUAUUCCUUGGCAAAACGCCAAAUUGUUUAAACAAGUGCGCUCUUAGGAAAAUAAAAAAAAUAUAUAUAUUUAAAACAUUUUUACGUUCUUAAUUUUUUUUUUUACAAUUUAAACCCUAUAAAAUUUUUGUUAAAUCAAAGAAUUUAAAUUUCAACGUGGCAAACAAUCUGCGCAGCUGUGCAAAUCAACGUGUCGCUAAAUCAAAAUCAUUAAAACACAACAAAACAAAAAAAUACUUGGCUUAAAUAUCAAACAGUCAAAAUGAAUCACCUUUCGCCACCGCUCACGCCGCAAUCGCAAAAGCCGACACAGUCGCCAUCGUUGGCUGCAUUCACAAAUUCUUCACUCGACGUAAAUCUCGGUUCUACAAAGAAUUGGAUACAGCAUGCCUCCGCCUUUAAUUCUGUCAUCGCAUCCGCGCAGAAAUUAAAUAAUCUUCCCUUCCCCUACAAUUCGCUCUUCUACUCCAGCGUACUAUGGCCACAAUUUCUACUCUCCUCCACAACAUCGGCGCUCGGCACACCCACCACGCCAACAACGCCCAAUUCACCCGCCUCGUUUGCCAACAAUCGCGAAUACACGCUCACACCGGAAAAGGAUCAGGAAAAUGCACUCGCCCCGCCAUCGCUGGAUAGCAGCAACACCGACGAUAUGCCGCUCAACUUGUCACUCAAACAGACAUCCUCCCUGAAGAAAUUGCACCGCUUCAGCUCCGAGCAACGAGACGAGAGCAGUGGCGACACUGUCAUAGAGAUUACCAGCACGCCGCCACCUUUGCGCGCAGUUAAUCUGAAAACCACCGCACAUACCGCCGAGCAAACUGUCGAUCUGCUCAACAAGCUGGAGACACGCUCCCCAAUGAAGCGUCGCUCGCAUAACUCACUCAUCUGGUCACCGGCGAGUAUGUGCGAAAAAAUCGAACGCACCCAAGUGGAGCAGUCCCCGGCGGACAACGACUAUAGCGGCGCCGCGGCCUAUGCAAUCGAUCCCAUAGUGUGCAAAUUUAAGUAUGAACGCCGCGCCAGCAAUCCACGCCGCUCUUUGGGCACAACAGCGGUCGCAGAUGUGGCACUCCAAUCGCCCCUGUCCUCCACCACCACCACCGCCGCUGCUGCUUUGGCUACGCAAUUCAAUGCGGCCGCCGUCGCCGCGGCUGCCCGCGCACAAGAACUGAAAGCGUCCAAUUUGGACUUGGAAGUGGCCGCGCAGCAGCAAAUCUAUGCGCAUCGCACUGCUUUCAUGGCUGGGCUGGCGACGGGCAAUAACUUCGAAAUGUUGCAAGCGCAUCUGAAGGAGCUACAGAGUCGCGCGGAUGCUUUCGUGCAGACCAACAAUAACAACAAUAAUGAGAUAACAAUGCUUAGCAGGAAUUCAAGUCGCCUGGGAAGAGGCAGCAGCUACGAUAGCCAUGAUGAUGGCGUGGAACAGCUGAAAACGGAAGAAGAUGCGGAUAUGACGGAGGAUGCGAUCCGUUACUCAGCAAACAAUUCGAUUUCGGCGGCAGAGGCGGCGACGGCGCAUGAGCAACACCACCAACAUCACCAACAGCAGUUGCAACAUUAUGUUGCGCAACAACAACACCAGCAUCCGGACUCGACGGCGAUCAUUAGCGCGGCAGAUGUUCAUCAACGCUCGUACAGUUGCAGCAGCGAGGGUGAGGAGAAGCGGGGAGUGCGCAACUUUCAGUGCAAGCAAUGUGGCAAAUCCUUUAAGCGUUCGUCAACUUUAUCUACACAUCUGCUGAUACAUAGCGACACACGGCCGUAUCCUUGUCAAUAUUGCGGCAAGCGUUUCCAUCAAAAAUCGGAUAUGAAAAAGCACACAUACAUACACACUGGUGAAAAGCCACAUAAAUGCACCGUUUGCCUGAAAGCUUUCAGCCAAAGCUCUAAUCUCAUCACGCACAUGCGCAAACACACCGGCUAUAAGCCUUUCGGCUGCGGUCUCUGCGAUCAGUCGUUUCAACGCAAAGUGGAUCUGCGUCGUCAUCGCGAAUCUCGGCACGAGGAAAUUUUGGCGCCUGUAAAGAUGGAGGUGAGCAGCAGUAGCUGCUGAAGACACGCGUACGGGUCGGAAGAGGCCCUAAGCUGCAUAAAGACUGGUAGUUUGUUGAUCGUACCGGCGCACAAAUAUCCGUUAUGGAUUGGCUAAAUGUGUGUGGUAAAGUUUGUGUUGUAAGAACCCA